AUGGCCGCUCGUACCGUUCCCGGUGCAGCCGACAAGCCAGCACGCCGUGUCGUGCCGGGGGCUCCCCCACCUGCGCCGUCCAAGUCCAGCAAGAAGGGAAAAGGCGCCGCAGCCAAGGAGUCUGCCGCAGUCAAAGUACCUGACGCCACGUCGGCUGCACUGAUCGAGAAGGCCCCGGAAAACCCAAAGCAGGUCGCCAACGGACUCAAAGUGACCAGCCAAGAUCUUGCAGAACACGCCGAGACGCAAGCUGCUGUCGCCGCCGUCAAUGCUGUUCAAGCCUCCACUCAGUCGACAACCGCCGCUUCCACCCCCGCACAAAAGGUUAUUAGCGACCGUAUCGCCGAGCUGUCGUCCAAGAGCAAAAAUGCAACCAUCACCGUGGCCAUCGACGAGCUGAAGAGCCUGCUCAGCAAAGUGCAACAGGCGGAAGCAGAUUCCUCCACCUCUUCAGCAACCAGCGCAGCGUCCAAGUCAGAUAGCAAGGCUCACCUCGUCCUGCUGCUCCAAUUCCUCCACCUCUUCAACCUCUUCCACCCGAACCCAGCCGGCCCUUCCACGUUUGCCCCUUCACGCACCAUGCCUCCGGCUCUCCAAAUGUCAACAGGCCAGCAGGUGGCCGCUCUUGCCAAAGUGUUCGAUCAGCUUGCCAAUGGACCUCUUGAGGGCGGAGGAGGCGACGCUCUCGAAAUCCUCGCCAACAUCGAACAGGGCUCUCAGGACCAAGUUCUUCCCGACGUCAGCUUUGCAACAGUCCGAAACAUGAUCUUGCAGCUCACCGCCCCUCCAGCCGCAGCCGAAGCAGCAGCGGGCAAAAUCGAGCCAAAAGCUUCGGGCCUUGACGGUCCACCCAAGGACUUUGUGCCCCUUGACCAGAUUUCGCCCAGCACAGCGCCAGUCUCGUUCAUCCAGGCCAGCGAGAUCCUCGACGGUUCGGCCACCGAGCCCGAAGGAGGCCAGCCUUCUGCGGUGCCUGCCACUGGUGCCACCGAGACCAGCAAGGGAGAGCAGGGAGGAGCUGGAAUCAUCCUGGGCGGCAAGGGCGCCUCCUCGGGCAAACCAGAUGGGACUGCUGCCGCGGCUGUCGACGAGCCCAUCAACACGACUGUCAAAGGUCCUGGCGCAAACACGAAGGAGCCCAAGCUCAAUUGGGCAGCUCUGGCCGAAGAGGACGACGACGAUCUCGGUGAAGCGCCUGUGUUCGAGCCGCUCCCUUCCAGCACCACUUCUGCCUUUGUCACCCCGGCACCAGGUACGCCUACAGCUGUAGAACCCGAGGCGACCACCUCGGCCAAACCUGCAGCUGCCAGCGCGGGGGAUGCACCGCUGUCGCCCAAACCCAAGAAGGGCAAGCAGGGCAGCAGCGGGUCCAAGGCGGGUGCAGGUGCUCGCAACGGUAAUGGCAACAGCAAUGGUAACGGCAAUGGCAGUGCGAAUGGUAAAGCUGCAGCGCCACCCAAGACGCCAAAGGGGCCCAAGGUGGACGAGGACGGCUUUAUUCUUCAGGAGAGCAAAAAGACCAAGUAUCUGCAACAGAAGCAGCAGCACCAGCACCAGCAACGAGGCGGUAGCGGUGGACGGGGCGGCAAAGGUGGAGCCAACGCAGGACGUGGUGGAAAAGCCGGCGCAGGCGGAGCUCGUGGACCCAAGAUUGGCGAAGCAAGAUCGAGCAGCAACACUGCUGCCUCUGCAACUCAGUAG